CGGGCCGGCCCACUCGCACGCCUGUGCUGCGUGCGUUUCCCCUCGCACGGAGCGUCGAAUAGUGGGUCUCUCCCCUUGCCCCCCGUGUUCCUCUCAGUCUUCCUCCCCCCACCGCUUCGUGUUGCUCGAGGAAGUUAAUGCACGGCGAUCGCCGGGGAGGCGAGGAGACUCGACGCGGUGACGAUCUAUAUCUAUUCGCCGCUGACCCGCCGCAUUCCUCUCCCCCACCAACAGAGAACCCAGAACCGAGAUGGCUUAGGGGAGUGACUGCUCUGCUCACGUCGCGACCCGGAGUGCGGAGCAAACCCGCCGCCGCCGAGGAGCGGGAGCACUCCAUCGGACGGGCCUCCUGCGCGGCUGGCCGGAGACGGCGACCAGAGCUUCGGGGCGGGACACCACCUGUUCGACGGAAUGGCCGAGAGGAUGUGCAGCAAGGAAGCCGCUGUGGCUGGCGGCGAUGAGGACCGGCUAAGCACGCUGCCGGACGAAUUGAUCCAGCUGGUGCUGUCAUUCCUGCCCUCGCGCCAGGCCGUGCAGACGUGCGUGCUCGCCACCCGCUGGCGCACCCUCUGGAAGUCCGUGCCGGCCAUUCGCCUCGACGCCUAUGCUGGGACCUACCAGUUUGGGCAGGACCUGAGCCAUUUCGUCCAUAGUCUUCUCCGAUACCGUGACCCAACUCCUCUGCGUGAAUGUGAGAUCCUUUUUAAUGGCGAUCAUCGCCAUGAUUGCUAUGACCUACGAGGAGGAGAUUCAGCAAGACUUUGAGCUGUGGCUCCGUUAUGCUGUGUCAUGCAAAGCGAGGGUUAUUCGACUCGAAAUGACUGUUUAUCGUCCUUUGAGGAUAUUUCCUGGGACUCUCAUCUCCCAGCACUUGACAAGGUUAAUUCUUCAUCGUGUCCAGUUUGAGGAUUUCUCUCUUGAUGUUUUGGGCUGUCAGUUACUGGAGGUGUUGGACAUUCAAGACUGUAUAAUCGACAUUGAGACUGUUUUCCCAAAAUCUCUACAACAUCUGGCGAUCAGAGAUACAGGUCUUUUCCCAAUGGAAACCCGGUGUGUUAUAUCUGCGCCAGGUCUGGUUUUCUUGGAACUAUACGACUGUUUGGGUUGGACUCCGUUGCUUGAGAGCCUGCCAUCAUUGGUAACGGCAUUUAUCAACACUGGACCCUACUGCAGAGAUAAUUGUAGAAAUAGUUCUAACGCGGACUGUGGUCUCGAGUCAUGUGUGGAGUGCUAUGGUAUAGAUGAUUGUGUGCUUCUCCAAGGUUUAUCAGCCGCUACAAAUUUAGAGCUGAUAACCUGCAAGUCUAUGAUCUUCAGAAAUGAUAUAAAAUGGUCCCCGAUGUUUAGCAAGGUAAAAACAUUGUUGCUUGGUGACUGGUGUAUGGCUGCUAACUUCAGUGGACUAGUUUACUUUCUCCAGCACUCACCAAUUCUACAGAGGCUUACGCUUGAACUUGCUAGUCGCUCUGAGGAAUUUCUCAUUGAAACGAGUGAGAUCUACAACCCAGCGGAACAAUUUUUGGUAUCAAAACAUCUCAAGGCAGUCAAAAUCAAUCAUGUGAAAGACGAUAAAAGGAUUCACCAAUUAUUGAAGGUCCUUGCUUAUCAUGGAGUACAUUUGGAACUAAUAAACAUUGAAGAGAAGGAGGACGCUCGUGAACGAGCACUUUAUUGAGGUUUUCACCUUGUCUUCGUAAUGAGAUAAUUGAACUUGCUGCUCCGUAGUUGCUUUGAGAUCGAGAGAAAUUGUGGAAUGAUAAGUUAUAUCUUUUGAAUGGCUUCAUUUUGUAUGCUGGUUCAAUUCUAUUUAGCCUGGGCUUUCAUGUGCUCAUUGUGUUUCUGUUGUUCCCGCAGGCUUCAGUUUUCAGCACAAGUAGCAGUUCAGAUCAUCCACUAUCGUUGCUUCUCUACUCAGAGACUCCCAUAUUCCCCGAAUGUUACACUGAUAAGGUGGUACUUCCUGCGUUUUGUGAACCGAGAUGGUGCGCCUGCCCAUCACGUCCAUUUCAGUAUGUCAUGUGCCUCGCCUGGAUGCUGUUGGAAAGGCUUAAACCCGUCCCCGUAUCGCUCUUGCUUGUUUCC